AUAGAAUCUCAAACAAAUAAAUACCAAAAUAUCCUAAUUAACGUGAAAAAGCAAACAAAAACAAAACAAAUAAGAAAAGCUGCAAGUUUUGACACAAAUCUGAAAAACUAGAGAGCUCCAGGAAAUUCCUAAUUGCUGCUUUGAUUCUACAAAAAGACGACGGCGCACACAAUGCGAGCGGGUCAGUGACAUGGCCGAGGGCUGCGAGGACUCUGCCGGCGCCGCUGAAUCCACCACGUCACAGUAUAAGCUCGACAACAUGCUGGGUACGGUGCUGCCCUGCGAGGCGGCUAUUGUAGCGACGCCCGGCAGCAGCAGCAGCAGCAACAACAACAAUAACAACAAUAGCAGCAGCAGCAACAGCAACAACAACGGCAGCAGCAACAACACUGCCAGCAACAUUGUGAAGCGAGAGUUUUGCGAUGGCAGCAUCAUGCCAGGUGCUAGUGUCAACAACAACAACAGCGCCGUCAGCAACAAUAAUAAUAACAACAACAACAACAAUAAUAAUACCAAAAUGCAAGCAUUGAUAUGCAGCAGCAGCAGCGGCAGCAACAACAACAAUAACAAUAACAGUAGCAGCAAUAACAACAACAGCAAUGCCAACAGCAGCAGCAGCUCAUCAUCAUCCUCCUCCUCAUGCUCAUCCAGCUCGUCCAGCUCGUCGGCCAGCACCUUGACCAGCUGCACCACCGCGGCCGUAGUGCCCUCCAAUUGCUCCACAAAUGCCAACAAGUCGCCCGGUUCGCCCUACUCCCAAAGCGGCACGAUCGGCAUCGGCAUCGGCGUCGCGCUCGCCAGCCCAAUGCGCGAGGCCAGCCCGCUGCCCAGCCGCUGCUCACCAGCGGCCGCUGCGGCGCAGUCACCAUGUGGCGGGGCCACGCCCGCUUCGCCGCCAUCUGUCUCCUCCAACAGCUCGUCGCAUGUGCUGGCGCUCAACAUCAAAACCGAGUCGGACUACGACAAGGAGAUCAGCUGCCACAAGAUACAUUCGCCUAGCAGCAGCAGCCACGCCCACCACCCCUUGCAUCACCAGCAUCACCAGCAGCAACAUCAUCAGCAGCAGCAGCAGCACAUAGCGCUCCACCACCACAACCACAACAACAACAACGAGGAUGACAUGGAGCCAACACUGCUCUCGCCCGCACACUCCACCCACUCAGCCUACGACUCCAAGGAGCAUGUCAAGGAGCUGGAGUUCUAUAAGAAUCUCGCGGCCAAGGCUGCCUCGCUGGCCAACCAGCAGCGCGAUACGAACUCUGCCUCGCCCCUGCCCAUGCAAAUCGAUGCGGAUGAGGACGAAGCGGAGGAUCAGACCGCCGAGGCGUUGCGUCUGCGAUGCGAGGAGCAGGCCCAGGCCAAGGCAUUUGCGGCACAUCUAAAUGGAACUAUGCAAGACAUGAUAAAUUUGCAAAAAUUACAAAAUUUGGCCACACUGCAACAACAGCAACAUCAGCAUCAGCAACAACAGCAACAACACCAGCAGCAGCAGCAGCAGCAACAACAUCCGCAUUCACAUCAUUCCCAUCAUCAUCCCGCCACGGCUGCCGCACUGGCAAGUCUUCAGGGCUUAGCCGCCUCCGUGUUCAACUCACCAUUGAAUCUGAGCGUUGGCGCAGAGGCUGUGACAGCAACAACAACAGCAGCAGCAGCAGCAGCUGGUGGAGUCACCUCAACGUCCGCAGCAGCAGCUGCUGCUACAGCGAAAGCAGCGAGUACCUCGCCCAGCAACAGCAACAACAACAACAACAGCUGCCACAACGGCAACAAGCACAAGACGUCAAAGGGCAACAGCAACAACAACAGCAACAGCAGCGCAGCCGGCAACUCCUCCAGCCAGCAGCCGCAGGAUAAUCCCAGCAGCAGCAGCUCACCACAUGCCCAUGCCCAUGCCCUCAACGCGACGACGCUGGCCAAUGUGUUGGCUGCAGCGACCGCAUCGCCACCGCCAGCGCUCCAAGCGCCGCCGGCGAGCGCGCAGAUGCCGCAACUGAUACUCGCCUCCGGGCAGCUGGUGCAGGGUGUCCAGGGUGCUCAGCUACUCAUACCUACAGCUCAAGGCAUUGCUGUGCAGACCAUUCUUACCAUUCCGGUGAGCCCACAGAUUCCCACCAGCGAACAGUUUCUACCCAACGCAUUCGGCGCUUUUGCCAGCUAUCAGCAGCAACAGCAGCAGCAACAGCAACAACAACAUCAACAGCAGCAGCAGCAGCAGCAACGCGAACAACAACGCGAACUUUUGGCUCCUCCGCUGGCUGCGCUGCAGCAUGGGCCAGCCUUGCCGCAAUUGGCGCAGACACCCACGAAUUUACUGAAGCCUAAUCUCUUUUCCACGGGCGUGCAGCAGUUGCUGACGGCGCUGCAUCCGGAGCUAUUUGCAGCCGCUGCCGCCAAUCACCAGCAGCAGCAGCGCGAACGGGAACGCGAGCAGCAGCAGCAACAAUUGGCGGCAGCAGCAGCCGCCGCAGCCGCGGCGAGCCACUUGCCACAUGCCCACCUGGCCGCUGACAUGCGUCGCUCCGCGGAGCGGACACCGCCCUCUGGCUCACCCACUGUGGGCAGUCCGGCGCUGCCGACGAAACAACCACCACCACCGCCACCGCCGGCUGCGGCGUUCUUGCUGCAACAGCAGCUGCACAUCAAGCCUGAGACGCAAACGCACCUGCAUCAUCAUCAUCAUCUGCACGGCACGACGACGGCAGCGUCAGCGGCACAUCCACAGAUAAGCUUGCGGCAUCCGGAUGAGCUGACGGCUCCGCAGCUGGAACUGAAGCCGCUGGAGCUGAACAGCAGCAGCAGCGUCUCGCCGCCCUCGUUGCCGCCUUCAGCUGCCCUGGCGCGACAUCAUUUUGGGCACAAUUUGCGCAGUGCGGCAGGCUCUUCGCCCAAGCACAGUCCAGGACGCGGCUCCUCCGGGGCAACAGGCAUGAAUCUCAGCCAGCACCAUGAACGGCUCGAUCGACGCUCGCACACGCCCACUGCGACGGCCACGAGGACAAGCUCCGGCCUAAGCACAUCCAGCGCUGCGUCGGUGCAUCAUUUGCCGCAUGAGCGAGGAGCGGGCAAUCUGCUCAGUGGACGCCUGACGCCCACUGUGUCCACUCCAACCGCCAUCUGCAGCAGCAGCAAUGAAAGAGGCUACUCAUCUCCACUGUUCCGCUCACACUCGCCGCCCGUGCACGCCUUGAACAUGGGCAGCUCGCCGCGACUGGAGCGCGACUAUCUGGGCAAUGGACCAAGUUUGAGCGGUGGCUCCAGCGGAGCCUCAGCCGCGGCCACCAACUGCACAGCGACGGCAACGGCGUCCAGCUCCACGGGCAGCGUACUUAGCAGCAUCAAUAGACUAAACGCCUCCAACGGCGAGCUAACCAUCACCAAAUCUUUGGGCCCGCCGACGGCUACUGCCACGCGUGCCUCAUCCGCCUCACCGCGGGACGAUUCACCCUUGCCAGGGCCAUCCACAUCAGGGGUUUCUCUAAUGCAGCCUUUGAAGCUGAGCCCCUCUUCGCGCAGCGAGCCGCCACAUCUGUCGCCCAAUGGGAACGACAAUGACAACGACCUGCUUAUGGAUUCACCGAAUGAACCCACCAUCAAUCAGGCCACCACCAAUGUGGUCGAUGGCAUUGACCUGGAUGAGAUCAAGGAGUUCGCCAAGGCAUUCAAGUUGAGGCGCCUCUCGCUGGGCCUCACCCAGACCCAGGUGGGGCAGGCUCUAUCGGUAACCGAGGGACCCGCGUACAGCCAGAGUGCCAUUUGCAGCAGUGCACUCGCUGCGCAGAUGUAUGCCGCUCAACUGUCGACGCAACAACAGAACAUGUUCGAGAAACUCGACAUCACACCAAAGAGUGCACAGAAAAUCAAGCCCGUCUUGGAGCGCUGGAUGAAGGAGGCCGAAGAGAGCAGUCACUGGAAUCGCUACAAGUCCGGCCAGAACCAUCUGACAGACUACAUUGGCGUGGAGCCCUCGAAGAAGCGCAAGCGUCGCACCUCGUUCACACCUCAGGCACUGGAGCUGCUGAACGCGCACUUUGAGCGCAAUACGCAUCCAUCGGGCACCGAAAUAACUGGCCUGGCCCAUCAGCUGGGCUACGAACGCGAAGUGAUUCGCAUUUGGUUCUGCAACAAGCGGCAGGCCCUGAAGAACACUGUGCGCAUGAUGUCCAAGGGCAUGGUCUAGUAGGGCGUGUACAUAUAGAGGCCUGCUAUAUACUGUAUAUAGUUUGUGUGUAUUUUGUGAUAGUUUUAAACACUUAGCGUUUAGUUUCUAGGCCAUGUAAAGUAAAAGCUGUGUCAUAGCAUUUACAGUAAAUGUCAGCAAAUGUCAAACGCCCCCUUCCCCCCACACUCCACACACCACACUCCACCACACUCAACAAAAUUAAAUACAACCAUGUACUAUUUAUGACUAACAUUAUGGACUAACAUUUAUCAUAUCCGAAAAAGUCUAAAAGUAGUCUAAAGUCUCAAGUCUACAGGCGCAGACCUUUGCGGAUUUUAGGGCCUAUUUUAUGAUAUUGAUGUGCCAUUCCAAAAAUUAAAAUACAAAACAAAAAAUAAUUAUAUAUAUAUAUAUAUAUAAAUGGGAUAGUAUAUGUAUAACAAAUUCACAACUAGAGAUUUACAUUUAUCAAUUUGUAUGGCUAAGCGCAAAACCAAAAUGUCAAAAAAAAAGAAGAAGAAGAAGAAGCAAAAUGACACAAGUAAACAAAUUCUUUAUAAAUCGUAAGCUCUUUGAUUUAAAAAAUAAUUGCAUUUAAUGCGUUGGCUAUAUUAAUAUAACGUGUAUACUAAAGUGUAUUUUAUUUAAACAAUUUAUAAACAAAUUAUAAACUCUAGCAAUUAACGAUUCUCAUUUGGCCAUCAAACCCCUCUAGCCCAUAAACAAGCAACCCACUAAAAUGUAUGGCAGCGCACUAAAAAUCUAGAAUAAGCAAAUUUAUGUAGCAAUUGUCGACAGCCCAGAACAAAAAAUUAAAUACAAGAACAAACGUAUUUCAAUUGCAAAAUUCAAAUGGUACACAAGAACAAACAAAAUCAUGAAAAACUGAAAACAAAAAAAAAUAUUUAAAUAAUUGUAAUAAAAAACCAACAUAAUUAAAAA